CAUUCGCUAAGGAUCUGGCGUGGAAUCUUUGUAGUUUAUAGAUAUGAUCAGAUUACUCAUUGCGAGUAACAUUUGUUGUGAAUAUAGCUUUUUUUUUUUCCUGUUUGCAAAUGGAUCCUGGUUUUGCAGAUAUUUGUCAUCCAAACAUCGUUUGGAGAUCAUGGGAUGCGGUAGUUCCGCAAAUUCCUACUACUUCCUGCGGAAAUCGGAAAAAGUGCAAACACUGCCAGAUGCGGCUCACCCAGCUUUCAAGGCCGCUGUCCUGAUCCAAAGAUGGUAUCGACGCUAUGUUGCCCGGCUAGAGAUGCGCCGAAGGUGCACAUGGAGAAUUUUCCAAUCCAUAGAGUACUCCUGUGAGCAGGAUCAGAUCAAGCUUCACAACUUCUUCAGCUACCUUAUGGACCACUUCACACCAAGCAGCAGCAAAGAGAGGGACUUCAUUAGCCGCAUGUUGACGGAGGAAGAAAGCUACAAAGACACAGAGCUGGAAAAACUCUGCGACUAUGAAUCUGUAGAGGUGCUAGAUUCCUACACUGGACCCCAUCUCUCCUUCCCACUGCUGCCAGAUCAUGCAACUGCCUUACUCGAAGCUUUCAAACAGAAACAACAGCUCCACGCUCAUUAUGUCUUAAAGCUCCUGCACGAGACCAGGAGACAUCUCAUGCAGCUGCCAAACAUCAAUCAUGUCUCCACCUGCUACAGUGAGGAGAUCACCAUCUGCGGAGACUUGCAUGGCCGGCUGGAUGACUUGUUUCUGAUAUUUUACAAGAACGGCCUUCCCUCCCCGGAGAAGUCCUAUGUGUUCAACGGGGAUUUUGUGGACCGAGGCAAACAGUCCGUUGAGAUCUUGAUCAUUCUCUUUGCCUUUCUCUUGGUGUACCCAAAGGAGGUUCAUCUGAACCGCGGAAACCACGAGGACCAUAUGGUCAACUUACGCUAUGGUUUCACCAAGGAGGUCAUGCAAAAAUAUAAGGUGCAUGGGAAGAAAAUUCUGAAAAUGCUCCAGAAUGUCUUUUGCUGGCUGCCACUGGCCACCUUAAUCGAUCAGAAAGUCCUAAUUGUACACGGCGGGGUGUCUGACAUGACUGACCUGGAGCUGCUGGCCAAAAUCCAAAGGCACAAGUUUGUUUCUGUGUUAAGGGGCAAAAAGAGAAAAGAGAAGAGUAGACACGUGGACUCCAAAGUGAUAAAUGGCGAGAGCCCUGUGGGUGUCGAUCCUCCGAGGAGCAGUUCUUUCCCUGGCUCAUGCCUCCAGGCUGGGGUAGCUAGCAAGGCCAGCAGGACAGAGCUCUCCCAGUGGGUCCGGCAGACGGUUGAAGAGGAGCUGGAGAAGUGCCGCCGGCAGGUGGGGUUCAGUGAGACUCCGGGAGACAAGGAGCUUACCUGUGUCAGCUCCGUGACCAUGACCGAGUCAGAGCUGGAGUCCUGUGAAACAAGCGAGUCUAGCCAAGAAGAAUGGAAGCAGAUUGUAGAUUUAUUGUGGAGUGACCCCAUGACUCAGGAGGGCUGUAAAAUGAAUACGGUGCGAGGAGGCGGCUGCUACUUUGGGCCAGAUGUGACAGAGAACAUUCUCCAGAAGCACAGUCUGCAGUUCCUGAUUCGCUCUCAUGAGUGCAAGCAGGAAGGCUAUGAGUUCUGCCACAAUCGAAAGGUACUGACCAUAUUUUCUGCUUCAAAUUAUUAUGAGAUUGGCAGUAACAGAGGAGCCUAUGUGAAACUGGGGCCGGACCUGAUCCCUCAUUUUGUGCAGUAUCAAGCUAACAAGACAGCCCACACAUUAACUAUGAGACAAAGGAUCAGCAGAGUGGAGGAGUCAGCCUUCCGUGCGCUCAGGGAGAAGCUCUUUGCUCACACGUCGGACCUCAUCUGUGCAUUUAAGGGCUACGACCAGGAUGAGACCGGAGCUAUCACACUGAGUGACUGGGCAACUGCGGUCGAGUCAGUCUUGCAUUUAGGACUGCCCUGGCGGAUGCUGAGGCCACAGCUGGUGCGCAGCACUGCAGGGGGCCUGCUGGAGUACAAAUCCUGGCUGGAUUACUUAGCUGUGGAACAACGGAGCAAAGAGCACAUACAGUCAAGCUUGCUAGAAACCAUUUAUCGAAACAGAUCCAACCUGGAGACCAUCUUCAGGAUCAUAGAUAGUGAUCAUUCAGGGCUCAUUUCAUUUGAGGAAUUCCACCAGACCUGGACGCUGUUCAGCUCCCACAUGAACAUUGAGCUCACAGAUGAUGGCAUCAGUGACCUGGCCCGGAGCAUAGAUUUCAACAAGGAUGGAAACAUAGACUUCAACGAGUUCCUAGAGGCCUUCCGCCUCAUUGAACACACUCACUGUGACGACAAAGCAGCACCUCCCACCAGCGAUGGCUGCUAGUGGCUGCCGCAACAGCCUGAAAUGCCACAUGCAAUGCCUUUCCGAAUGGCACCUCUCACAACUUGUGGGGAGGCAGAACUGAGUUGCAUUUUAGGCAUCUCAGUGUUGACAGCAGUUACUGCCCAUGUUCCAAUUUUUGGUAUGAUAACUGGCCAAAUAGGUAAGUUGUAUUUUAAAAGGAAAUGGAGGGAAUUUGGUGAUCAAGUAGAUAGAAAACCCCACUGUUGGAAUAAAUAACACUCUGCAAGGGUAUGGUGUAGCCUGUUACAGAAAUGUCAGUAAAUGGGGGUAAAUUAUUACAGGAGCAUUAAAGUUUGUGAAGUGGAAUAAUUAGGAACAUCAGCAGUAGCAGAAGUUAAAGUAUCU